AUGUGGGAGCAGAGCGUGGGCCACGUCCGCGGUCUUUUCUGGCCGUUUUUGGGUUCCCUCCCAGUCAAACUCACCUCCAUCACCGCAACAACAAACAAGAUCUCGUCUCUCUUCAACCUUGUUGCCUAUUCCCGACUGCGAUUUAAUGAUUUAAUUGAUGAAUGCAACAGACACCCCACCCCGUCCGGCAGCCACCAGCCAUCCGCCAGACACCCGCCGGCGAUUGACGAUUCCUACUCGUCCAGAUCAAUCUCCAGGACCGCAUGUCCCGUCAAUAUGCGGUGCAGUCUUGCAGCAGAGCCAGGGGCGGAGCUGACUCGUCGACGUGAUAGCUCGACCAAGAUUACCAACAUGCGGAUACAGAUUCAUCAACCGCUCCCCGACGCCAAAGAACUGACGCCGCUCGCAGGCAUAGCCGCCAGCCGUCCACCCUCCCGCCCUCCCCGCCUUGGCCGUCGCGGCCACUUCCGCCGGCCGAAUCCACUCGCUAAACCUUCCCCAAGUCCCCCAACCCCUGCCUUGACACCCUCUCGUAGGGCUCUCGAACAGAUCGUAUCUUGA